GAAUGGCUCGUCUUAGCACCGCCCUUGCUUUCGCUCUAGUUGCCACCAUUUCAUCCUCGCUUCUUGUGCAGGCAGCGGAUGAAGAUAUGCUGCAGGACUUUUGUGUUGCGGACAAUGCCUCCAAGAUCAAGGUGAACGGCGUCAUCUGCAAGGCGGCUGAGGAUGUCAAAGCUGAGGACUUCAAGUCGAGCCUCCUGGCGACUCCCGGGAACACCGACAACAAGCUCGGCUCCAACGUCACGCUGGCGAGCGUCUCCAAUUUCCCCGGUCUCAACACCUUUGGCGUCGCUCUUGCCCGCAUCGACUACGCUCCCGGCGGCACCAAUCCCCCCCACGUCCAUCCCCGAGGAACCGAGCUGCUCUUCCUCCUGCACGGGACCCUCUACGUCGGGUUCGUCACCACCUUGCCGGACAACAAACUCUUCGCCCAAAAGCUCAAUCCAGGGGAUCUUUUCGUCUUCCCUCGGGGACUCAUCCACUUCCAGCUCAAUGUGGGAGAGGAGCCUGCGGUUGGGCUCGCUGGCUUCAACAGCCAGAACCCCGGGACGUCUCAAGUGGCCAGGGCGGUGUUUGAUUCUAAUCCUCCCAUCAACGAUGACGUGAUCGCCAAGGCGUUCCAGAUUGAUGACCGUGCUCUCAUCCAGAAGCUGAGAGAGCUCAUCAGCAUGACUUGAAUGUUUCGUUGAUUCUAUUAUUAGAGAUUUUUAUUAAUAAACUCAUAAGAUCGUUUCAUUUUAAA